UCACACACUUGACUGCAUUUACGAAUGGGGGGUCGUUUUCAUCUCAGCGGUGCCACAGAAGUAAAAAAAAAACAAAUGUCCACGGUGUGAAUUGGCGCUAUAACGGGGGGAGCGCUCUCACGUUGUGUAUCCUGUUGAUUCUGCCUGACGAGCGUUUAGAGGAGCACAGCUCGUCAGUAGGAAAAGCCUCAGACAAGAAAACCUGGUCGCUCAAGCUACACUGGAUGAUAUUUCUCCACCCGGGGUGUGUUUGUCAAUGUUUUGACCUCUAUUUUUUUUCCUUUUCAACGUUGAUUAAAUACCUCUUGGGAAAAAAACCUGCGCUUAAUUUCUCAGCUUUUCGCGCCUCUCCUUUGUCCCAGUAGAGCAGGUCGUGAUUUUUUGUAUGCAACAUAACGGGAUUCGUGGUGGGAGCAUUUCCUUUCAUCAAUGUGCAUUGAUGUAGCAGAAAACGUGGAGGAGAUAAGAAACCUUAUCUCAGCACCUGGAACCUGUGGUAAGGAUUUCAUUGAGGACAGUCAGCAAUUAAAAGGAUUUCGAUUCUUGUCUAAAUCGGGAAUUACACAUCCAAACUGGGAUCUAUGAGCGGAAAAGUGGCGAAGCCUAAAGAAGACAAGGAUGCCUCCAAGGUCCAGGAUGACGCUGCCCCAGGUACCCAGGAGUACAUUAUGUUACGGCAGGACUCCAUCCACUCUGCGGAUAUAAGGAGUAAAGGGUCCCCCUUUCGUGCUAAGUGUCACGAAAUCUUCUGCUGCCCGCUGAAGCAAGCCAUCCACAAAGAGAACACAGAGGCCGAAGAGCCCCAGCUGAAGGGGAUCGUGACGAAGCUCUACAGUCGACAAGGUUUCCACUUGCAGCUGCAGGCAGAUGGAACAAUUGAUGGAACGAAGGAGGAGGACAAUGGUUACACCAUUUUCAACCUUAUUCCAGUGGGGCUGCGAGUGGUGGCCAUCCAGGGGGUGCAGACCAAACUCUAUCUGGCUAUGAACAGUGAGGGCUACCUGUACACAUCAGAACACUUUACGCCCGAGUGUAAAUUCAAGGAGUCGGUGUUCGAGAACUAUUAUGUGACAUACUCCUCCAUGAUAUACCGGCAGCAGCAGUCGGGCAGGGGCUGGUACCUCGGUCUGAACAAGGAAGGAGAAAUCAUGAAGGGGAACCAUGUCAAGAAGAACAAACCAGCAGCCCACUUCCUUCCCAAACCUCUAAAAGUGGCAAUGUACAGAGAGCCAUCCCUCCAUGACUUGACUGAGUUCUCCCGCUCCGGCAGCGGCACACCCACCAAGAGUCGGAGUGCCUCGGCUGUGCUCAACGGAGGCAAAGCCGUGAGCCAGAAUGAGUCGACGUAGCCCGGUAGCCAAACACAGGCCUGGGGCCGAACCACGAAACCUUACCUCCAGCAGAGCGUGACUCCAAGCAGACUUCUCUCACCGAUCAACGGUUCAGGACUAGCUACGACAACAAACCACUCACAAACACCCAGACACCAUCAAUAAAAACAACUGUUAGGCACCAUCCUGGUCAAUCCUUGUCAAAAGAAUCAUCUAUAGUCAGAAACUUAAUGGCACAUAAACCAUUCUGGACUUAAAAGACAAAUUACAUUUUGGUUUUGGUCUUGAGAUUUAUCCAUUACCUUGAUCGAUCUCUUUUGGUGAGGAUCGCAUACCAGUUAGCUUCAUCUUUAUCUUAGUUCAUUUUUCUUAUUUUCCUGUGGACAAUAACUUUUCUUUGGUCAUUUAGAUUUCAAGCACUCGUGCAUCUGUAAGACAGGGACAAGAAGUUAGACAUGUAGGCAUUCAGGGCAGCCAGUAAUAGUGCUGGACUACAAGGCUGCAGUGGUACAGUACAAGCCCUGAUCUUUGUCUAAUCCAUGCUUCUGUGAAUACAAAGCCUAUAAACUCCCUGGUGAGCAUCCUAGUGCUGCUGGGACUGUGGCCAACCAGAAGGUAGCUCUCCUGCGUCCUAGUGCACACGCUCAGAGACUGAGCUCUCUAGCAUGGGAAAAUGAAGCCUAUGUUCAGCUGACCUGAAAUAUAAAAACGGGACAGUGUGGCGCUCUUGCAGUUUGUUUUUGUUCCUUUUCAGAAACGCCACAGCUGCACCUUGGUUUUUGCUAAUUUUCUGAAUUAGCUGAGAGUUUUUCUUUUUUUUCACUGGUUUUGUUUUUGUCCCCUCUUGUUCUCUUCCCUCAUCAUUGUAAAGUAUUUGUGUUUUUGUUGCCGUUUCAUGAUUGAAAGGGGUUCCAGCAAACCAAAGACAGAACGAAAGAGUGUCCCUUUAAGCUGCUGAAAACCAAGCCAGUAUAAAAAGGCAAAGCUGGACUUUUUUUUUUUUCAUUGUACAUUUUUGAUGAAAGAAAGCAAAGAUUUUGUGAAAAGAGUGUCAAUGGACAAAGGAAGUGAUUUUAAACACUUUGGGUUGGCAGCGUGCUUGAUGUUGUGCUUUUUGCUGAUAUGCUCAAUGACCGAGUUAUGAAAUGACUAUUCUGUGUUCCCAUUCCCUUCUGUUACCACUGUGUCACAAUGUCUUCGUCUCUUGUCCUCGUGAUCCGUUACCUCCCUCUGUGCUUGUGUCAUACUUCGAAUCCCCCGCCAUCCUUUUUUGUCGACUUCUAUUGACUGAUACCAUAGGAAUAUGGUGCAAGCCCCUUCCCAGGAUGCUUGUUAUGUGUUUGAGUAACUUAUUGUGGUGACAAUAUUUUCUAUAUUAAAAAAAAAAAAAAGAAUAAUGUGGACUUUUAGGUGGCUUAACAUUUUAUAGGACACGUCAUAUUUGUAAAAGUGAAAAAAAAAAAUAA